AGAAGAGAAUAGCACAGCGGGAAAUGUCUAACAUUCUGGAAUGUAAUGCUAUUGAUAAUUUAGACAGCGUUAAUAAGAUAUUAGAGUCAUACCUGGAUGAACUCGACCUGUGGCAGAGAGAAGUGGACAACAUUAGGAUAAUGCACCAUGAAGUUUGGAAAGGCAGCAGAUUAUCACCUUUGAUUAAGCAACACCGUGCUGGAAGCAGAGUUGAAAAACAGACAAGAAUCUUACCUAUCGGUGGUCAAACAGAUGUCGAUUACAUGUUUGAGGUCGUAGGGAUUAAGGUUUUUUGCAAUGGUAACCGAGAUUUUAUGUAUUUCAAGUCUUGUUCUCAGCAAAACUCAGACGUUGAUGACGAAUAUGAUAUGUCCAACUCAUUUGGAAGGAUUUACGUUAGUGAGGCUUACAAAUCGUAUUUGGAAGGUCAUGAAAUGUAUGGGAAGAUAUUCGCCGAGGCCAUGAGUUUUGACCAAACGGAGAAUGCAUUCUUACUCAUUCCUGGAAAGUUUAAAGAGAAUGUAGUACAAAAUUGUGGAUUAGAUUACACAAGAAACGAAGUCCUUCCUUCUACCAUCAGUCCCUCAAUAUCUGGACAGGGUGCAAUGAAUGAGUACGAUGGAGUUCCUUGUCUCAAACUCGUCAGUUGGCCACGGGAAGCCUUGGGUUGGAUACACCGUCAAAACCGAAGUGACGUAGGUUUUCAAAAUGAGUGGAAAUCACAAGUUGUUGAAAAUAUCCCACUAUUCCUGGUUCCAACUGGAAACCCAAUGUCCAAGGAACAGAACAUGCAGUUCCGGCUCUCAUUUUCCAUGGCUGAAAUAGCCUGCUUUCAACAAAUGGCAUCUCCAAUGAGGAAAAUGUACGGUAUUGUCAAGUAUGUUUUCAAGGCUCUAUUCCACGAUAUCAAUCUUUUGAGCUCUUAUCAUCUCAAAACACUGAUGCUGUGGAAGAUCGAUCAAACGCCUAUUGAGGAAUGGAAAUCCAAGAAAGCAACGGAAUUUAUCAUAGAAAUGAUGAAAGAUGUUUACCAAGCCCUGAAUGAUGCUAACAUCCCUCACUUUUUCGUUGAAAAAUGUAACAUUUUUCCGGUCCAUAAAGUCACAGAUGAAAAUGUUCUUGAGUACGUAACCAUUUUUCAGAAUAUGCCAUAUCGGUUGCAAAUGAUUCUAGAAAAUCUCCUGCAAAAGGAUUUGGGUAUUCCAACUAGUGAGGAGUGGCUCAAUUUAGCCAUGGUCAAGUUGAAAAGUAUUCGCCAGACAGGGUUGGAAGUAUACAUUGAUGGCUACUUGACAAGACUGCUCAGUGUCAUUACAUUCUCGGUAACAGAGAACUUUGCACAGAGCCGUCAGCAGGGAGAAGCUUCCUGGGAAGAGAUGGAAAGGAUAUUUGCCAAAUACGACCACGACCAUCAUAUCUGCAGAAUCGCUGACAUGGCGAAUUCCUGCAUCUGUCGUCUCGAGCCAAGUUCCAGAGUAAUUGGUUCAAGAACUACCCCAGAACACUCUUCUUGUACAGCAGAUGAAAUGAGCCGACUAGUCCACGAAGCAUUCGAGGCGUACACCGAAGGAACCUUUUCGACAGCCAUGGAGUACAUCAGAGAAGCAGAUUCGCUUCCACGUUCCAGCAAUAAGACAUUAGAAGGUAUUGGAAUUUCAGUUACCAAAUUUCAUAAAUGCUUACUCCACGACAAACCGAUACUUAACGUCAUUCAGAUCCUUGAAAGUGAACACAACGGAAGGUGCCCACGCUUUUACUUGGCUCCAUGUCUAAUGUUACAACACAUGAAAAUCCAGCUGAAAUUAAACUCACUGCUACACAAUACAACAGCUCUUCAGCAAAAGCUUGAUAAGCUCCAAAGUAUCGUCCAAAGACUGUCGCCUACCGAGCCGUAUCCUGGAAGACUCUCCUACAGAUUUGCAGGCGUUUAUCUCUUACGAGGAUACGAAAGAUUCAUUCGUGAUCAGCAACUUUCUGUCUCGAUUAUUAUUCCGUCAGAAACAUUUAAACAAAAACGUUUCGCAACCAACUUUAAUUUAAAAUAACUGAAUUACCGAAUGCACUACACUUAAACACUUAAAUCCGAGAAUCAAGGCGUCUGUGCAGAUUUGCUCAAAAAUUGAAAAUUCAUAGGAGCCUAGAGUGAAGGGUAUUUUUGGAAUUGAUGAAAAAGUGGAAAAUUGCCUUCCCAAAGUAAGUUAUGAAAUGCUUUGAGAAAUUUUCCUUUAGCGCCUCAAAGUACUGGACGCUCAAGGUACUGAAAUAUCAUCUAACUUGGCAAAUCCAAGGGAAAUGAAUUGAUAUGUUUGAAGUUUUUUUUGAUAACACUCAUACGAGUCCUCGCUGAAUUACUCCCUGGAAUUGAGCGUCUGAGUAAGGAUGUAAAGCCUAGUUUGAAUUAACGAUGUAUUUUGUUAUAAUUACACAACCAAGGAACGUCGAACAGUAUUUCAGUUAUCAUCGAGUAUUACCAGUAUUUCGUUAGAAUUCGCCGUUUUGAAUACUUGAAUCUUACUUUCGCACAGAGCCCUACGUGGGACACCAGUUGUAAUGAGCCAAACUAUUGCCACAUUGCUAUAGCAGCCCCAAAUCUUUUGAUCCACCAUGGGAGGAAAUGUAAGCAAACGCGCCAGAUAACUGAGUCUUUCUUUGAAAAUUAGAUUUUUUUGUCUAUGUAUACCGUCUACUAAAGAUAGAUCUCACAAGGAUAUUUUGCACUAGAAUUCCUUUCCUAGUCGUUUACAUAUUGUAAUGGAAUAUCUAAACAGUAUUUAAAGGCAAGAACCGCCUAAUGUAUCUGUGAUUUUGUUCUUCACACAGGACUGAUUAAUGUAUCCGGAGACAACGGCCAAAGAAAAGAAGGAGCUUAUUAUUAAAUAAUUUUAGUUGCAAGGAGAAUUAAAUUCAUUUGGUAAAAAUAGAAGAGGGGAUUAAAGUGAAUUUCUCUCAUCAACAACCACUUUUUUAAGGUGAUAGGAACCUGUGUAAUUUCAU